AAACAGCACAGCAAGUUAAACAGUUUUUAAAAAUUCAAAUCAAUGUUCGAAAUAGAUCCAAGCGAGUAGAAACUACGACUUUUGAAUAGAAAAUUACUAAUUUUUUGAAAUUUUAUAAAAUUAAGUUUUUACAGUCAAAACACAGAUAUAACAAUGGCAGAAACAGAAAAUGUUGCACCUGAAGUCAUCGCUGUUGAUGAAAAGGAAGUAGAGAUUAAGGAUGCAAAAUCAGAAAAUGGAUCAUCACAAGAAUUACCAGAAAAUGUCACAAAAUUGGAAGGUGAUAUUAUUCGACAGAUUGAAUAUUAUUUUGGUGAAUGUAACUUAAAUCGUGAUAAGUUUCUACGUGGUAAAAUCAAUGAUGAUAAAGACGGCUGGGUACCAAUUACUGUUUUGCUCACAUUCAAUCGCUUAAAGGCAUUAACAGAAGAUGUAAAAGUUAUUGCUGAAGCUGUUGAAAAAGCAACAAGCGGCUUAGUACAAAUAAGUGAGGAUAAAGAGAAGCUUCGUCGACAUCCUGACAAUCCAUUACCUGAAUUUAAUGAAACACGCCGUAAAGAAUUAUCACGUCGUACAGCAUAUGCUAAAGGACUUCCAUUAGACUCAAAAAUGGAUACACUCGUCGAGUAUUUCAACAGCAAUUUCCAAAAAGUUGAGAAUGUCGUCAUGCGAAAGUAUUACGACUCAAAGCCAAAAGUAUAUAAAUUUAAAGGAUCUGUUUUCAUUCUUUUCGAGAAGCGCGAACAAGCUGAAGAAUUUGUUAAAAAGGAAGGCUUGAAAUAUGGCGAAAAGGAACUACUUCGAUACAUGCAGGAAGAAUAUUUCGAAGUCAAAAAGAAGGAAAAGUCUAAAAAGGAUGAAAAGAAAAAGGCAAAGAAGGCAGAACAACAAGUUGAAAAGGAUGAUGACAUCUCAUUGCCUAAAAAUGCUGUUGUUCAUUUCAGUGGAAUUGAAGGAAGUGUUUCACGAGAAGAUAUCCGUAAACGAGUUUUGGAGAUUGAUCCAGCAUUGACUAUUGCAUUUAUUCAUUUCGAACGCGGUGACAAGAAGGGAGAAUUGAGAUUCUCGAAGGAAAAUGAUGGAAAGUCGUUUGUUGAGAAGCUUGAAGAUGGAAAGAUGAAAUUAAAUGACGUUGAACUCAGCUUGACGUUACUUGAAGGUGAGGAAGAAGAAAAGUUCCUCAAAACAGCUCUCGAAGACAUGAAGAAGGCAAGACAGCGAAUUAAUCAAAAGAACAAAGGACGUGGACGAUUCAACAGAUUUAGUGACAGAAAGCGUAAGAAUGAAGACCGAGACAAUGAAGGAGACAAGCCUGCUAAACAUGCUCGUGAAGACAACAGUGUAGCAGUUCCAGUUGCUGCAUCAGAAUAAAGUUUUACUUCUAAUUAGUUAUUAAUGCCCAAUUUAAAGAUUAAUAUCUUUUUCAAUGCGAAGCACUUGGAAGUAACUUCACUAAUCGACUGUCAAUAUGAAAAAAUAAAAAGGAUAUUUUGAAAUAAAAAUUUGAAUUAUUGUUCUUAAAGGAUAAUUGCCAA